AUGAAGUACGUCUCCUCUGUUCAGGACAUCGAAGUCCCAGAAGAUGUUAGUGUCAUCAUCAAGUCAAGAUUUGUCAAGGUUACAGGCCCAAAGGGUGUUUUGACCAAGGACUUGAAGCACGUCAACGUGACUUUCGUCCCUGUUAACAAGAAUCUCAUCCAGGCUCAUAUCCACAAUGGUGACAGAAGACAUGUUGCCACAUUGAGAACUGUCAAGUCUCUUAUUACCAACAUGAUUACCGGUGUUACCGUUGGCUUCCUUUACAAGAUGAGAUUUGUUUAUGCGCAUUUCCCUAUCAAUGUCUCCGUCAUUGAGGAGGAUGGCCACCAGGUUGUUGAGAUCAGAAACUUCUUGGGUGACAAGAAGCUCAGAAGAGUUGAUGUUCCAAAGGAUGUCAAGGCUGAAAUUUCCAAGGCUCAGAAAGAUGAGCUUAUCGUCUCUGGUAUUUCUGUUGAGGAAGUUUCCCAGACAUGUGCAAACAUCCACCAGAUCUGCUUGGUUAGACACAAGGAUAUCAGAAAGUUCUUGGAUGGUAUCUACGUCUCCGAGAAGGGUCACAUCAUUGAGGAAUUGUAA